AAAAUGGCUACUGCUGAACACCCUCCCCGCUGGGCCGCUUUUGCGCGCGACACCAACGAGACCAAGAUCCAGCUUUCGCUGAAUCUCGACGGCGGGCGCUUCCACCCAGACACCGACGCCCGUCUCUUCAAGGGCCAGGACCACGCCAGCCAGACGAGCAAGUCGCAGACCAUCAGCAUCAACACCGGCAUUGGUUUCUUGGACCACAUGCUUCACGCCCUGUCCAAGCAUGCGGGCUGGAGUCUGGCGCUGAACUGCAAGGGUGAUUUGCACACGAUGACCACCACACGGCCGAAGACGUCUGCAUCGCCCUCGGAUACGCCUUUUCCCAAGCCCUCGGCACCCCCGUCGGCAUCAAGCGCUUUCGUCGCCUACUGCCCCCUCGACGAGGCCCUCAGCAGAGCCGUGGUCGACAUCUCCAACAGACCGCACAGCGUUAUCGACUUGGGACUCAAGCGCGAGAAGAUUGGGGAUCUGAGCACCGAGAUGAUCCCUCACUGCAUGCAAAGCUUCGCGCAGGCGGCGCGCAUCACGCUGCAUGUGGAUGUGAUUAGGGGGGAUAAUGACCACCACAGGGCCGAGAGCGCGUUCAAGGCGCUGGCGGUGGCGAUUAGGGAGGCUAUUUCGAGGGUUGCUGGGAAGGAGGGGGAGGUGCCUAGUACUAAGGGGACGUUGAGUGUUUAA